CGGAAAAAGAAGCUGCUAUUGAGGCAUUCUGGGAUACUGGCGGACCCAACAACACUUCUACUGUGAUGGCGACCAAUAUCGAGCAGAUUUUCAGGGAUUUUGUAAUGAAUAAGAUUAAAGAAAUCGAAGAUGAAACUGAAGAAAACAGUGUGACAGAUGAGCCACAGUCUGAACCUGUGACGGAGACGAGAAAAGAUGGACUUGAGGAAGAAAAAAUGAACACACCAACAGAUAAAGUCACGCAUACUGACCUCCAAGACAACCAUGAUAAAGAGGACACCAGCACUAAACACAGGAAGAGUAAAAAGCACAAAAAACACAAAAGCAAAAAGAAGAAAAAGAAACGCAAAGAAGGAAAAGACAGCAGCUCAGACACCGAGUCCGACAAAGAGACUCGAGAAAGUGGGAAGAAAAAGAAAAGAAAGAAAAAGAAAAAAAGCAAAGAUGCAGACAAAGUGAAAAGAUCUGGCUCUCGAUCCGAAAGCUCUUCAGCAUCUGGUUCUGAAUCCGAGUCCGAAACGAAACCUUCAAGUGAAAAUACAAAGUCCUCUUCAGCAGGUCAGACGUCAAAGUCCGAGCUCAAAGACUCAUGUGGUGUUGGUAAGCCUCAGGAGUUGCCUGACAUUAUUCCCAAGACGGAGAAUUCGGUCCACAAAAGCACAGAAAAUGAAAGGCCCAAGGAGAAGAAAAGAAGUUCUAGCAGGACAUCGAAAAGUAAGGAGAGCUCCAGAGGAAGACGAACCAGAUCGAGAUCCCCAAAACGACAACGGCGAUCAAAGUCAACCUCCCGCUCUAGAAAUAGCUCCAAAAAGAGGUCUCAUCAACGGAGAGAGAGAAGUAGAUCGAGGUCUACGAGACGCAACAGUCGGUCCAGGUCUCGUUCUGUCAGAAGAGGCAAGCGUUCAAGAUCCAGGCGAACUAGAUCAAGGUCUGUUGUAAUCUUAAAGAGGAACAGAAGGUCUACAUCAAAAUCUAGGUCUCGCUCGCCACGGCGUUCUAGGAGUAAGUCUCGAAGCAGAACGAAACCUUCGAAGUCAAGGUCCGUUUCGAAGUCAAGGUCCGAGUUGAAACCGGAAACUGAAUCGGAUCCAGUGGACAAAAGUGAAAGUUCUGAAAUGCAAACAAAUGUGUCUCAAGACACAACUGAGAAUAGAAAAAGUCCAACAGUGGCUGUGAACUCUGACACCAAGCCAUCUGAAAUGGCAUCCAACAUCUCGAAUCCUGGUUUCAACGCAGUUGGCUUUAAAGGAUCUUGGCGACCAGUUCCCUUCUUGGCAGAGCCGUCCAAGUCUUCCCAAAAGUGCAUUUCACCCGAGGUGCCUUUGGAAGUGACCAAUGUAUCUGAAGAACCUUCGACGUUCUCAACCGCUGCGCCAAAAGAUUCACAGUGUGCUGCCAACCCUGAGACGAAAGAAACCAAUCCAAAUCCAACUUUAACUUCAGCCGAGACGAGCCCAACCUCGCCAUCCAAAUCUCCCAGUCACAAAAUAUCCUCAAGAUCCAAAGAGGCUGCGCGAUCCGGAUCAAAGUCGCCAACGAAAAAGAGAAAAUCCAGGUCGUCUUCGCGGAAGUCUCGAUCGCCCUCUGAAAGGAAAUCGCACAAGUCUAGAACGAGGAGCAAACGCUCGAAAUCGAGGUCGCCUAAGAAGAAAAGGUCGAGAUCUCGUUCGCACGGCCGUCGGAGGAAAUCUCGAACUCCGGACAGAAGCAGACGGUCGAAAUCGAGAAAGAGGUCACGCUCGCGUUCGAGGAGGAGAUCGCGAUCCGGCUCGCGCUGGAGAAGAGGUUUCGGAAGCCGGUCGCUAAACCAGCGGGACCGAUGGAAACGGGAACCCAGUCGAUCUCCGGUCCUCAUUCUCCGUAAGAAGAGAUCAGCGUCCAGAACUCGACGCAGCAGCAGCAAGACGCCUCCACGUCUUACGGAACUUGAUAAGGAGCAGCUGCUGGAAAUAGCUAAGGCUAAUGCUGCGGCUAUGUGUGCCAAGGCUGGCGUGCCGAUCCCAGAGAGUCUCAGGCCCAGAUCUAUUCUUCAGAUGCCCUUGCAAACCCCAAAUCCCACAUCCUUGUCUUUACCAUUGCCAGUGAUGUCAAGCAUGACAAUGAACGCUGCUAUGGCUAGUAUGACUGCCGCCACCAUGACCGCUGCUUUGUCCAGCAUGGGUGCUUUGGCUUCCUUGCCACAGCUGGCCCCGUUACCGACAAUCGUCAACAAGCCGCCAUCUUCAGCCACACCCAAUCUCGCCAGUAUUGAAGAAGCCAAAAAGAAAGUAACGAAACAGGCGAACAGCUUCAGCAUUAAAGAGCUAACAGAGAGAUGCAAGAAGAUCGCCGAGAGUAAGGAAGAGAUGGCCAUCGCAAAACCACACGUGUCAGACGAUGAAGAGGAUGAAAAGCUAUUCGGAGCUUCCCUUAAGGAGAAUAAGGGCAUCGCGUUCAGUCUCGGUAACUCCUCCAUAAAGCCGGCCGUCCGAACCGAAGUGGUCUUUGCUAAGGAGUUCCCGGUGUCCUCCGGCUCCCAGCACAGGAAGAAGGAGGCUGAUGGAGCGUAUGGAGAAUGGGUGCCGGUCGAAAAGAAAAUAGAAAAGCCAUCUGCAUCGAGUUCUUCUGGGACUGAGGAAACCAGCAAGGACAAUGAUAGCGUCUUUCCUGAAGCACCUUCUCAGCCUGUGGACAUCACUUUGGCCGUCAGUGAGAGAGCGGUCGCACAGAAGAGACUGGCGGAAAACCCUUUCGACAUCAGUGCCAUGUGUAUGCUGAAUCGGGCUCAGGAGCAAGUCGAUGCAUGGGCCCAGUCCAACACGAUCCCCGGCCUCUUCACAGGCUCCACCGACGCUCAAGUGCUCUCGUCCGAUGAGCUCUCUAACAGCGGCCCGCAGGCCUGGAUUAAGAAGGUACAGCCAUUAAUCGACGGCACCACUCGUACUAUGAUGUUGGACAUAUAUUGUGCUUGACGGUUUGUGUUUUGCAUCAUAUUUGUGUGUUAAAUUCCCAAGAAUCAAAGUAGACAUCAUUUCCUCGUGCAAGUUGGCAUAGUACAGUCAGACCCUUUUGACUUAUUGUGCUUAAUUGAGAUUUACACUCUUCUGACAUGCGCUCGCGUCACACUUGAAGGGUAAAACAGAUCCUGAAACGCCCAUCAUUCUCUCUUAUAAAGACAUAUACAUAAGAACUGUCAUCUGUGAUUGCUUUGCCAAUUGGUGUACCCAUCCGAGUCGUUGAUCGCACAAUGAUUGUCCGAUUUUCAUAAAAUAAGCAUUGAUUUUCAACUGAAGGGUAUCCUUGGAAACAGUCUUGCCACUACUGACGUCAGCUGAAAGAAAGAGAAACGGCAAAUAAACGAGCAAAUAUUUGACCUGAUCGCCCUGUUUUGAGUCUCUCUGAUGAAACCGUUAGGCGCGGUAACGGUUGAACAGGUACACCACUUGUGCACGGUCAUGCAGAUGUUUUAUAUCUGAAAUUCUGUCGUGGCAGAUGCAAUGAUGGAUGGGCAACGCAACUCACUGUACUCCUCUAAAAGUGUCUUUUGAGAGAGGGGAGGAAGGAAGAGGAUGUCUCUCUGCUCCCUCCUCUGAUUGACCAAUGAGGAGAGACAUACGCAUCAGGAUCUGAAAUCUGAUUGGAUGAGCCAGUGUAUGCACACCUGUGACCACACGUUUACAGUUAGAUUAAUGAUAUG